AUGCGCGCCAAAUUGAGUCAAACGGUGCGUGAUUAUGAGCUCAAGGACGUGGAGUCGACAACAUCGCUUCAAUCCGCUCUGCAGUUAAUCUUACCGCCUACAAAUCUCGACUCUUCUCUCUCACCUCAGGCUGAAUCUCCAGGCACCAAAUAUCCCUUGCACAGCCCUCCUUUGUUGGAUGCCAAACGAACCUCGGCCGAGGCACCUUCCCUCAGGCGACUCUGCCGAAGUACACGGUUCCUACAUCAUUCGGUUCAUGGGUUUCGACCUCGAGUUUCCGGGACAACCUCUCUUGAGGCUAAACGCCGGUCGCGUCGACGACGAACGGCUUUCACACAUGGUCAAUUGAGCUGCCUGGAAUACAGGUUCUUCGGGCAAAAAUAUCUCAGUGUGGCGGAUAGAGCCCGGCUGGCUUCACAACUGGAGCUGACUGAAACGCAAGUGAAGACGUGGUAUCAGAAUCGCAGGUAA